GUUGCUUUUCCUGGGUUACCAAAAAAAAAGUCAGCGUGAACAAGCUUUAAAAAAGACUGCGUGUUCAUACAGGGAGAGAAAGCCUCUCAUCAUCACGGAUAUUCCUACCACUGCUGUCGGCUUUUUUCUCUAACCAUGUGGCUUUAUAAUGUUUUGUUGAAUUUGGACCUAAAGGCGAUUUUCUUGUUUAUUUUUCUGUUCCUUCUGAUCGCCGACUUCCUCAAAAAUAGGAAACCACCAAACUUCCCUCCAGGACCACGAGCUCUCCCAUUCUUUGGAAAUAUCUUGAGUAUAGAUGGGAAACAGCCACACAUUUAUUUCAGCAAGCUGGCUGACAUGUAUGGGAAUGUCUUCAGUUUCCGCUUUGGCGGUACUGCAACAGUGUUUGUGUCAGGGUACAAAAUGGUUAAAGAAGCCAUCGUGACACAAGCUGAGAACUUUGUGGAUCGACCAUAUAGUGCCUUAGCUGACAGAGUUUACUCUGGAGCAUCUGAUGGUCUGUUUAUGAGCAACGGUGAAACAUGGAAGAAACAACGACGGUUUGCUUUGUCUACCCUACGCACCUUCGGUCUGGGAAAAAACACCAUGGAACAGUGUAUUUGUGAGGAGAUCCGAUGCCUGCAGGAGGAGAUAGAGACCGACAAAGGUGCACCUUUCAGUCCUGCAGGAUUGUUCAACAAUGCUGUGUCCAACAUUAUCUGCCAGCUGGUGAUGGGGAGAAGAUAUGACUAUAAUGACCACAACUUUCAGAUGAUGCUGAAAUAUACAUCUGAGGCAAUUCAGCUGGAGGGGACCAUAUGGGCAGAACUUUAUGAUGUUUUCCCUGGAAUAAUGAAGCGCCUGCCAGGUCCCCACAACAAAAUGUUCAGCCAUUAUGAAUCCAUAUUAUACUUCAUUGGUCAGGAAGUAAAGAGGCACAAGAAGGACUUGGACUGCAGCAAUCCUCGAGAUUACAUCGACACUUUCCUCAUUGAACUGGAUAAACACAAAGAGGGUGAACUGGGUUUCACUGAGGCCAAUCUGGUUCUCUGCUCUCUGGAUCUCUUCCUGGCUGGAACAGAAACUACAUCCACCACUCUGCAGUGGGCUUUGAUUUACCUCAUCAAAAACCCUCAAAUCCAAGAGAAAGUCCAAGCAGAAAUCGAUCGUGUGAUUGGACAGACCCGCCAGCCCUCCAUGGCCGACAGACCAAACCUGCCUUACACUGAUGCUGUCAUUCAUGAGAUCCAGAGGAUGGGAAAUAUCGUUCCUCUCAACGCACUCCGAGUAGCUGCCAAGGAUACAACCCUGGGAGGUUACUUUAUUCCCAAGGGAACAUCCUUAAUGCCCAUGCUGACGUCUGUACUGUUCGACAAGUCUGAAUGGGAGACUCCAGACACCUUCAAUCCUGGACAUUUCCUAAAUGCUGAGGGAAAGUUUGUGAAGAAAGAAGCUUUCCUGCCUUUCUCUGCAGGCAAACGUGUGUGCCUCGGAGAAGGCCUGGCCAGGAUGGAGCUGUUCCUGUUUUUGGUGGGUUUGCUGCAGAAGUUCUCCUUCUCUGUUCCUGCAGGCGUGGAGCUCAGUACCGAAGGAAUUGUCGCAGCCACACGUGUCCCUCAUCCCUUCAAGGUUCAUGCCACGGCUCGUUGAAUUACACAUGAUCUCUUAUCACUCAACCAAUGCUUUAUGGGCCAAAUGGAAAGUUUUGCUUACCUUUUAGUCUCAGUUUUUCACUGGUGUAUGAUUUCUACCUGAACGGGGAACCCAUUCAUUCUCUGACAUACUACUUUUCUUUACUUUUACAACUGGGAAUGGUACUAUUACUGACAAAUUUUAUGAUGGUUUUAUUAGCACCUUAUGUAAAUCUACAGUUAUAUGUUGUGUCAUAUGUGAAUAAACAGAGUAUGAAUAACAGAACAAGCCAUUUGUAAACAAAUGAUUUAUUUGCAACAUCAACCUUGCCUAAGCAAUUUGUAA